AUGAAUAUCAAGCAAAGCACCAAUAUCGAUGAUUUCCAGCUGGCUCAGCUGGGUCAUUCCCAGUCGUUCCAACGCAACUUCAGUCGCUGGACCAUGCUAGGGUUAGCUUUUGCUAUCCUGAACUCAUGGACAGCCCUUGCGGCGUCUCUUUCCCUUGCCCUACCCUCAGGUGGCCCUGUUGCCGUGAUCUGGGGACUCGUCACCGCAGGCAUCUGCAAUUUGUCUCUUGCUGCCAGUCUCGCCGAGUUUCUCUCAGCUCUGCCCACUGCUGGAGGUCGGUAUCUCGAAUUCUACAAUGUGGUAUCCUUAGAACUAACAAAGAGCAUAGGCCAGUACCACUGGGUUGCGACAAUUGCUCCCCCGUCACUCAAGAUCCCACUCUCAUGGGUGACUGGAUGGAUCAACAUGAGCGGCUGGGUCAGCUUGGUUGCCACAAACUGUUCCCUUUCGAGCACUUUGAUCAUCAAUAUCAUUUCUCUUCAAAAACCCGACUACGAGUUUCAGAGGUGGCACCAGUUCCUGAUCUACCUUGGCAUCGCUUGUGUCGCCUUCGCUACCAAUGCCUUUCUUCACUCCGUCCUCCCUCGAAUCAAUGGCGUCGCAUUUACGUGGAGCAUCGCUGGGUUCUUUAUCAUCUCCAUCACUCUUCUGGCCUGCGCAGCCCCUGACUAUGCUACGGCAGACUAUGUGUUCGCAACCUUUAUCAAUACCACAGGGUGGCCAGACGGAAUUGCCUGGCUGCUCGGCCUCUUGCAAGGCGGUCUAGGUCUGACCGGAUUUGACGCCGUGGCACACAUGAUUGAGGAAAUCCCUAACGCUGCCAUUGAAGGACCCAAGAUCAUGUUGUACUGCCAGUACAUCGGUAUCACAACUGGAUUCUUGUUCUUGGUUGUGGUACUGUUUGUAUCCGGAGGUAUGGUCAAUGCAUCGACCAUCAUCAGCUCAACUGCUGGUCCUCUGCUGGAGAUUUUCUAUCUCGCGACAAACAGCAAAGUUGGCGCUGUAUGCCUCUUGAUGUUUCCUUUACUCUGCCUUGUCUUUGCAGCCAUUGCAGUCAUGACAACCUCUUCUCGCAUGGUAUUCGCUUUCGCUAGAGACGGUGGUCUUCCGGCUUCGCGUAUCUGGUGGAAGGUUCACCCAAAACUGGGAGUACCGCUCAAUGCCCUUUACCUGAAUGUCGCAAUCACUCUCGUUUUUGGCUGCAUCUAUCUUGGAUCAACCGUCGCUUUCAAUGCCAUCAUCGCCUCCUCGGUCGUCGCACUGGGCAUCAGCUACGGGAUGCCAGUUGGGCUUCUUGUUCUACAAGGACGAUCCAAGUUGCCCGAAAGAGCAUUUACUCUACCAAACUGGCUUGGGUGGACGGCCAAUAUCAUCGGGCUUGUUUACACUGUUGUUACUAGUGUGCUCUUUCUCUUCCCUCCCGCACUGCCUGUAGACGGAACCACCAUGAAUUAUUGCGUGGUGGCUUUCGCUGUUAUCAUUGUUAUCUCUCUUGUGCAGUGGAUUGUUGACGGAAGGAAGAAUUAUGAAGGACCACGCAUUACGAUAGGAGAGGGUGAGAUAGAGGACUAA